CAGGCAGAGAACUUGAACUUGGAGUCAGACACAGAUCUGUGCAGACCAGAUCAGCACAGGGCAACGUACACACGCCUUAGUCACAACAAAUCAGAAAGACACAUCAAAGAGACCAAAUCUAAUUGUAAGCAAAUUGCUCCAUGCACCCAAUCCUCAAAAUAAGGGAGCCUUGCUCUUUAAAAAACAUCUCCAGAGGGUCAAGAAGUAUACACUUGUGAGUUACAGGACCGGUGAUAACAAGUUAGACAGUGAAGACCAAAUAGAAGAGGAAACUGAAUAAGUAAAAUCAGCUGGUUAUACCUUUGCAGAAACAAGUGAUUCUGACUUGGAGGAGGAGUAUUCUGUUUAUCAUCAGCAGCAUCAUUUGACACUGAACUGGGGACGUGCUUGAGAAAUGGAGGCAUUAUCAGAGUCGAAAGGAAAAGGAGUUCUGAUGUUUGCCCAGCGUCGCAAACGAAUAGAUGAAAUUGCAUCAGAGCACGAAGAACUGAGGAGUAAAGGAUUACCUGUGGAGGAAUUAACAGAAGCUGAAUGUAGAGAAGCACACACUACUUAUGAUAAAGAAAAGUGUGUGUGUAAUGAGGCCAGCUAUGCAGCUGCAAGUCUCAAGCAACCUAUAGAAUAUCAAAAAAAUAAGAUGAACCACCUAUCCAAUGUGCCAAGACCACUGGUGCCAAAUAGAACUGCAAAGCCCUUCCUCAGAUUUCAAAAUGGCACAACUGCUCCUGUCACACCUAGUGCUGUUUCUCCGGUGACAAAGAAGAAUGAGCCGAGAUUCAAAGUACCUGCGCCUAUUAACACUAGCCGUCAAGUUUGGUCCCCAACUGGAGACAUCAUAGCCUCAAGAGAUGAGAGAAUAUGUGUGCCAGCGAUCAAGGCUGGCAUCCUACCAGAACCAAAACGGAAAUUCAUUAGUAAAAAGCAAUCAAUGCUGGUGCGAGAAUCAGAUCCACACCUUCAAAGCAAAGGGGAACAGAAGUCUUAUAUCGAGUCAGAGGAAGACUGUUUUAGUCUUGGGGCUGAAGCUAGUAACUUUAUGCAACCCAGAACAAUAAAACUCAAGAAUCCCCCUCCAGUUCCCCCAAAACCUACCAUCAACCCAAACUGCCCACCUUGGAGGAGUCUCUCUAGUGAGCCAUAUAUUCCAGUGAGAUCCCCAAUAUCACAACCUUCUUACAGUUCUGUGGGGCCUCAUAGUCAGCAUUACUUACAGAAGCAAGACAGGGCUCAGUCUCAACAUAUGCCCAGGUGCUCGGCAUCAGAUCAAACUCAGGCAAAAUUUCAACCGCCUACAAAUGCCUGGGCUCCAGUCAAAUCCUCCUCUCGGCUUCAUCUUCAGCCAGCCACAAACAGCUGGAGUCAGCAGCCAUUACAAUCCCCUGUGAGUAUGCAGGCCCAUAGUCUUACUUACAGCCCACAUCACCAACCUUCACCAUUAAGGAGUAAGUUAGGCAGUGCUCCAAACUCAGUUGCCUCUUGUCCGCCACAAGCAAGGAAGUCAUACAUUCUUACAUCAAAAGUGUCACCUGCUCCUCCAAAGGGUCAAGUCUCAGGCAGAGGUAUUAGUUGUACUGGUGAUGGUCCCACUAUGGCAGGAAAAGGUGCAGAGUUGUUUGCCAAAAGACAGUCCCGAAUGGAGAAGUUUGUUGUUGAUUCUGAAACUGUGCAAGCUAACAAAACAAGAUCCCUAUCCCCUACCACAUCGCUGCCCAACUCCUGGAGGUGCUCUUCAAAUGUUCAUGCACCUCCUGUCUCAUACAAACCCCUUCUUGCUCCAUUCUCUUCUUCAUCAGCAGCAAAGCAAGCCCCUUUGUCAAGCCCCAAAAUCAAGCCUAAGACCAAUCAGAAACCUACAGCAGCCCCAAAGCACCUCAGCACCUUAGAGGUAAUGAAACACCAGCCGUAUCAGUUGGAAUCUUCAUUGUUCAAGUAUGAUGCAGUCCCUGAGACCAAAAGUCCUAGCCCCAAACCAACUCCUGUAUCAAAGGUUGAGACUCCGAAAAGCCUUAAACAUAGAUUAGCCUCUUCUCAUUCUCCUUAUAAUACCUCUGAGCCCACUGUUCAAGGCAAGGCUGAAGCCCCUGCUAAGUCUCCUGGACUGGGAUUUGGCAGAAGCCGUUCCCUGAGCCUGCCCAGGCGACUGAAUUCGAUGCCUUCACCCAGACUUCUGUCACCUGUAAGCACACCAGGAACUCAGUCAUUAUUUUUACCUAUGCAGAGGCAAACAUCCUUUCAAGAAAAGGUCUACAAGCCACCAACACCAUGGGAGGCAGCAUCCAGAAGCCCUAUUGGUUCAGUGGAUGAGGCCUUUGUGUCUCAGAGCCUCCCAUCAUCUGUUGCCUCUAAUAUCAAAGCUGCGGGGCUCCUCAAAUCUUUGCCAGAGCCUCCAGAUGAAUUGAAGUGUAGGGUGUCUCUUGAUCCUGCAGCUGUCAGUAAGGGUCAUUAUGAGGCACCAUCCACAAGCAGGACUUUUUCCCCUGAGAAGCCAGCCUUCUAUGGGCCUCCCUUCAAACCUGCCCAGCCUCUGUGGCCUGCGGCUAGGGCCACUAUUGGAUACAUGGGACAAGGCUCCUGUCCAACAGUGUACUCUCCCCUCUGCAGCACAGUCCAGAGAAGUUAAUACUGCAAAAAUGAAGUCAGACAUACAUCAGAUAAAAAAAGAAUAUACAUAUAGCGUAAAUAACAUAUUACUAUAAAUGAUGCAUGAUAGAGAAGAUCAUGGAAAAUAUACUGAUCACAAAAGAUAGAAAAAGGUAAUGUGGCCAAGAGUGAUUGAAUCCCUUGAUUAAAAAGGUGUCUAAAAAUGACUCUUGGGAUUAUUUUCAGACAUAUUAUUGUUUUAAAUAUCUGUUUGAUUGGCACAAAGAACAUCGCUGUCUUAAUGGUUUGAGUGGUCACAUGACUGGGUUGUGUUGCUGAGGAGCUUUAUUUCACUAAAUACUUAUUUUGCAGUUCUGUCUAAAUGAUCAUUCAGACUAAUUUAGAAUGGAAGCGGACAGCUACAGUCUUGAUUUAAGACAAACUGUGUUCAGAUAUGAUUAAGCAUGUUAUGUGAGUUAAAGUGAAGGUGUAGUAGUUGAAAGGAAUUUGGUAAAUUUCUUUUUUCAGAAAUGUUGAGUGGUGUGUGCUCACUGAGGAUACUGUUAUUUUGACAUUGCUGUAUUUGGUGAGAAAUACUGUAAGCAGUAAUACGUGUGUGGUGAUCAGCUCUAAAACUGUGUGACUUUGUGAUUACUUGUCAGGUUCAUGCUAUCCAAAUUAUUAGAAUAUUUCUUACUGUAGACUAAUAAUUAUGUUACUUAUCUUGUUUUAAUCUCUUUUGUUUCAAUUCUAUUGUUGUGGCAAUGCCAAGUAUAUUAAUGGAGUGAACAUAUAAAGUAUCCGUAGCACUGUCUAGCACCAUUUACAAAUAUUUUAUAGGCUUUUCCGAAGCUGCAGUGCAAUUUUAGGGAAGUAGCAAACUUGCAUUAUGUGUUUCACACCAAUAUUGACCUUAUUACUACUUGUGAGAUAAAAACCUGUUUGCUACUAUCAUAUAAUAUAUAUAAAAAGAUGGGAGACAAAUGAAAGAGAAAACCAACAUAAAGUGUCUUAGUAAGGUGCUG